AUGCGCGGCGCCGGUGGCCCCCGCGGCCCUCGGGGCCCCGCUAAGAUGCUGCUGCUGCUGGCGCUGGCCUGCGCCAGCCCGUUCCCGGAGGAGGUGCCGGGGCCGGGCGGGGCCGGCGGGCCUGGCGGGGGCCCCGGCGGGGCGCGACCUCUCAACGUGGCGCUCGUGUUCUCUGGGCCCGCGUACGCGACCGAGGCGGCGCGACUGGGCCCGGCCGUGGCGGCGGCCGUGCGCAGCCCGGGCCUGGACGUGCGGCCGGUGGCGCUGGUGCUCAACGGCUCGGACCCACGCAGCCUCGUGCUGCAGCUCUGCGACUUGCUGUCGGGGCUGAGGGUGCACGGCGUCGUCUUCGAGGACGACUCGCGCGCGCCCGCCGUCGCGCCCAUCCUUGACUUCCUGUCGGCGCAGACCUCUCUGCCCAUCGUGGCCGUGCACGGCGGCGCCGCGCUCGUGCUCACGCCCAAGGAGAAGGGUUCCACCUUCCUGCAGCUGGGCUCGUCCACAGAGCAGCAGCUUCAGGUCAUCUUCGAGGUGCUGGAGGAAUACGACUGGACGUCUUUUGUAGCUGUGACCACGCGUGCCCCUGGCCACCGGGCCUUCCUGUCCUACAUCGAGGUGCUGACCGACGGCAGCCUGGUGGGCUGGGAGCACCGCGGGGCAUUGACGCUGGACCCUGGGGCUGGCGAGGCCGUGCUGGGCGCCCAGCUCCGUAGUGUCAGUGCGCAGAUCCGCCUGCUCUUCUGUGCCCGUGAGGAGGCUGAGCCUGUGUUCCGGGCAGCCGAGGAGGCUGGCCUCACUGGGCCUGGCUACGUCUGGUUCAUGGUGGGGCCCCAGCUGGCUGGAGGCGGGGGCUCGGGCACCCCCGGGGAGCCCCUUCUUCUGCCAGGAGGUGCCCCACUGCCUGCCGGGCUGUUUGCAGUGCGCUCAGCAGGCUGGAGGGAUGAUCUGGCUCGGCGUGUGGCAGCUGGCGUGGCCGUAGUGGCCAGAGGUGCCCAGGCCCUGCUGCGUGACUAUGGCUUCCUGCCUGAACUUGGCCAUGACUGUCGCGCCCAAAACCGCACCCACCGAGGGGAGAGUCUACACAGGUACUUCAUGAACAUUACCUGGGAUAACCGGGAUUACUCCUUCAAUGAGGAUGGCUUCCUGGUGAACCCCUCCCUGGUGGUCAUCUCCCUCACCCGAGACAGGACGUGGGAGGUGGUGGGCAGCUGGGAGCAGCAGACUCUCCGCCUCAAGUACCCGCUGUGGUCCCGCUAUGGCCGCUUCCUGCAGCCAGUUGAUGACACGCAGCACCUCACCGUGGCCACGCUGGAAGAGAGGCCUUUCGUCAUUGUGGAGCCCGCCGACCCCAUCAGUGGCACUUGCAUCCGAGACUCCGUCCCCUGCCGGAGCCAGCUCAACCGCACCCACAGCCCUCCGCCGGACGCCCCCCGCCCAGAAAAGCGGUGCUGCAAGGGCUUCUGCAUCGACAUUCUGAAGCGGCUGGCGCAGACCAUCGGCUUCAGCUAUGACCUCUACCUGGUCACCAACGGCAAGCACGGCAAAAAGAUUGAUGGUGUCUGGAACGGCAUGAUCGGGGAGGUGUUCUACCAGCGCGCGGACAUGGCCAUUGGCUCUCUCACCAUCAACGAGGAGCGGUCCGAGAUAGUGGAUUUCUCCGUCCCCUUCGUGGAGACAGGCAUCAGCGUUAUGGUGGCGCGUAGCAAUGGCACUGUGUCCCCCUCCGCCUUUCUCGAGCCAUACAGCCCUGCCGUGUGGGUGAUGAUGUUCGUCAUGUGCCUCACUGUGGUCGCCGUCACCGUUUUCAUCUUUGAGUACCUCAGUCCCGUGGGCUACAACCGCAGCCUGGCCACGGGCAAACGCCCUGGCGGCUCAACUUUCACCAUUGGGAAAUCCAUCUGGCUGCUCUGGGCCCUGGUGUUCAAUAACUCGGUGCCCGUGGAGAACCCCCGGGGGACCACCAGCAAAAUCAUGGUGCUGGUGUGGGCUUUCUUCGCCGUCAUCUUCCUCGCCAGCUACACAGCCAACCUGGCCGCCUUCAUGAUCCAGGAGGAGUAUGUGGACACCGUGUCUGGGCUCAGUGACCGAAAGUUCCAGCGGCCCCAGGAGCAGUACCCGCCCCUGAAGUUUGGGACGGUGCCCAACGGGUCCACAGAGAAGAACAUCCGCAGCAACUACCCCGACAUGCACAGUUACAUGGUGCGCUACAACCAGCCCCGCGUAGAGGAAGCGCUCACUCAGCUCAAGGCAGGGAAGUUGGAUGCCUUCAUCUACGACGCGGCUGUGCUCAACUACAUGGCCCGCAAAGAUGAGGGCUGCAAGCUCGUCACCAUUGGCUCGGGCAAGGUCUUUGCCACCACAGGCUACGGCAUCGCCCUGCACAAGGGUUCCCGCUGGAAGCGGCCCAUCGACCUGGCACUGCUGCAGUUCCUGGGGGAUGAUGAGAUCGAGAUGCUGGAGCGGCUGUGGCUCUCCGGGAUCUGCCACAAUGACAAAAUCGAGGUGAUGAGUAGCAAGCUGGACAUCGACAACAUGGCGGGCGUCUUCUACAUGCUCCUGGUGGCCAUGGGCCUCUCCCUGCUGGUCUUCGCCUGGGAGCACCUGGUGUACUGGCGCCUGCGGCAUUGCCUGGGGCCCACCCAUCGCAUGGAUUUCCUGCUGGCCUUCUCCAGGGGCAUGUACAGCUGCUGCAGCGCGGAGGCUGCUCCGCCGCCCGCCAAGCCCCCGCCGCCGCCGCAGCCGCUGCCCAGCCCGGUGUACCCGGCGGCGAGGCCCGCUCCCGGCCCCGCGCCCUUCGUGCCCCGCGAUCGCGCCACUGUGGACCGCUGGCGCCGCGCCAAAGGUGCAGGGCCGCCGGGGGGCGCGAGCUUGGCCGACGGCUUCCACCGCUACUACGGCCCCAUCGAGCCGCAGGGCCUGGGCGUCGGCGAGGCGCGCGCCGCGCCCCGGGGCGCAGCUGGGCGCCCGCUAUCUCCGCCGGCUACGCAGCCCCCGCAGAAGCCGCCGCCCUCCUACUUCGCCAUCGUGCGCGACAAAGAGCCGGCCGAGCCCCCCGCCGGCGCCUUCCCUGGCUUCCCGUCGCCGCCCGCGCCCCCGGCCGCCGCGGCCACAGCCGUCGGGCCGCCGCUCUGCCGCCUGGCCUUCGAGGACGAGAGCCCGCCGGCGCCCACUCGCUGGCCGCGCUCGGACCCCGAGAGCCAGCCCCUGUUGGGCCCCGGCGCCGGGGGCGCGGGCGGUGCGGGGGGCGCGGGCGGCGGAGCCCAGGCCGCGCCACCCCCGUGCCGCGCCGCGCCGCCCCCCUGUCCUUACCUUGACCUAGAGCCGUCGCCGUCGGACUCGGAGGACUCGGAGAGCCUGGGCGGCGCGUCGCUGGGCGGCCUGGAGCCCUGGUGGUUCGCCGACUUCCCCUACCCGUACGCCGAGCGCCUCGGGCCGCCGCCUGGCCGCUACUGGUCGGUCGACAAGCUCGGGGGCUGGCGCGCUGGCAGCUGGGACUACCUGCCCCCGCGCAGCGGCCCCGCCGCCUGGCACUGUCGCCACUGCGCUAGCCUGGAGCUGCUGCCGCCGCCGCGCCAUCUCAGCUGCUCACACGACGGCCUGGACGGCGGCUGGUGGGCGCCGCCGCCCCCGCCCUGGGCCGCGGGGCCCCCGCCCCGGCGCCGGGCCCGCUGCGGGUGCCCGCGGUCGCAUCCUCACCGCCCGCGGGCCUCGCACCGCGCGCCCGCAGCUGCCGCGCCGCACCACCACCGGCACCGGCGCGCCGCGGGGGGCUGGGACCUCCCGCCGCCCGCGCCCACCUCGCGAUCGCUCGAGGACCUCAGCUCGUGUCCCCGCGCCGCCCCCGCGCGCAGGCUCACCGGGCCCUCCCGCCACGCGCGCCGGUGCCCGCACGCCGCGCACUGGGGGCCACCGCUGCCCGCCGCGCCCCACCGGAGACACCGGGGCGGGGACCUGGGUACCCGCCGGGGCUCGGCGCACUUUUCCAGCCUCGAGUCCGAGGUAUGA